AAGCAGCAUUUGCGUGUGGAACGUUAGUUCGUAAGUUUAGAUACUUAGAAGACUGAUUUAGACUAACAGGUUCAGAAACGGGAAGGAAGGUCAGACGAGCUUUAAAACACGCGAUAGGAAGUCAUUCGGUGACCGUAAUUUUCACCUGUGGAGUUUCACUUCUAACCCAAAUUCAUUGUUGGGUUUUCUUCUAACUGUAGCGCGACUGCCUUCGAAGCAUACACUUUCUUCGCUUAAAGACACGAAUUCGACGAAAGCAGAAUCGCGAAGCAUCGAAACUUCAGAAGAUAACGUUUUUAUGUCUCCGAUAUUACUAUCGAUAUCAAUUGUCAAAAAUAUAUUGUAUAAACGCAAGAAUAGUUGGACAACAUCGUUCGACCAACCGGUAUCACGUGUACCUUCGAAUCGUAUUCAAAGUGUUCCCUUUUUACGUAUUGUGUUAUGAAUAGAAAAUUUUGAAGACAAGAACAGUACGUUGUACAACAUUUCUAUAAAUCCGAAAAAAAAUAUUGUGAAAGGAUCGCAGGUACGAGAAGGUUGUUUGAAGAACAUCGAGAUGUGGCCAAAGGACGUUGGUAUUAGAGCACUGGAAGUCUAUUUUCCUGCUCAAUACGUUGACCAAACAGAGCUUGAACAAUUCGAUGGUGUAACUGCUGGAAAGUACACUAUUGGUUUAGGUCAAAGCAAGAUGGGUUUCUGUAACGAUCGUGAAGAUAUAAAUUCGUUGUGUUUAACAGUGGUGCACCGAUUAAUGGAUAGGUAUGGCAUAAAACCAAAGGAUGUUGGCAGAUUAGAAGUUGGAACGGAAACGAUACUGGACAAAAGCAAAUCCAUAAAGUCUGUCCUUAUGCAGCUGUUUGAACCACACGGCUGCACGGACAUGGAAGGAGUGGAUUCAACUAAUGCUUGUUACGGAGGUACAGCCGCACUUUUAAACGCAGUAGCUUGGAUAGAAAGCAGUGCUUGGGAUGGCAGAUUAGCUCUAAUCGUGGCUGCGGACAAUGCUGUGUAUUCGCCUGGAAGUGCUAGACCAACUGGUGGUGCUGGAGCAAUAGCAAUGAUAAUUGGUCCAAAUGCACCCUUGGUAAUCGAUCGAGGAAUAAGAUCGUCAUACAUGAAACAUGCAUAUGAUUUUUAUAAACCAAAUCUAAAGUCUGAAUAUCCGAUUGUUGAUGGACAUCUAUCGAUUCAAUGUUAUCUUGGUGCAUUGGAUAACUGUUACCAAACUUACUGUGAGAAGGUUAAAAAAAAGUACAAAAAAGGUGUGACCAUAGAUAGUUUUGAUGCAUUUUUGUUUCAUUGUCCAUAUUGUAAGUUAGUACAAAAGUCGUUUGCCCGAUUAGUCUUUAAUGAUUUCUUGAAUAUACCUAAGGACAAAGUGUCAGAGAAAUAUCCAGAAUUAGUAAAAUAUCACAACGUCAAACUUGAAGAUACUUAUUCUGACAAAGAUAUUGAAAAAGCAUUUAUGAAUUUGAGCAAGACAAACUUUACGCAGAAGACACAACCUUCUUUAUUUCUAGCGAAUCAAGUGGGAAACAUGUACACGCCAUCUGUGUAUUCUGGACUAGCAUCUCUACUCGUUAAUAGAUCUAUAAAAGAAUUAGCAGGUGCUAAAGUAGGAGUAUUUUCAUAUGGUUCUGGACUUUGUUCCACUAUGUAUUCAAUAACAAUAACAAAUGAAGCAGAAGAAGGGUCUAGUUUAAUGAAAAUCAUCUCAUCACUUUCGUAUAUAAAACCAGAGCUGAAUGCUCGUCAGAAAGUUUCUCCGGUGGAUUAUACAAAGGUUUUGGAGCGGCGGGAACAAAAUUGUCAUACUGUACCGUUUAGUCCUCAAAGUAGCAUUACCAACAUGUUCCCUGGAACCUAUUAUCUCGAGAAGGUGGAUGAAAAAUACAGAAGAACUUACAAAAGGGUAUGAAACUGAUGAUAGUUUGCAGUAUUUAGCAUACUGGUAGUUAAUUUACUUAACAUGGUAAUAAAGGAGUGAACGGGGGCCUCGUCGAUCGUUAAAUACAAAUAUUAAAGGUGCAUAAUUAUGUUUAUUUAUAUAAUUUAAAAAUUUAUUAUUGAAUUGAUAUUUUCUUUAGUAGCAAGAAAUGAUACAGCUUUGUACUAAUUCGUGCUAUUGAAACAAAUUAUUUUUAACAUACAUACAAAGAAGAUACAAUUUUAUAAAAAAUACAAUGUAAAAAAUAUAGUAAAUAUUAAUGUUAUUCCU